GAUGCUCCAUUAGCCUUUCCAGACGCACACAUGAAUGGAUAACAUUAUCCGCAUCUCACUCCAUUCCACAGACCACGAUAACACACACACACACACACUCGUGUCUUCCAUUCAUUCAGCUGUGAAGAUCAGCCAGGCAGCCACUUGUCAACACACUCUGCAAGACUGUCAACACACUCUGCAAGAGCAACUCAGCCGGUUUGUCAGUAGACUCUCUCAAUCGACACCCAGCAUCACCUCCAGCCGUCUGCCCGCAUCUCCGGCCAUCAGGCCGCUGGCGCCCUCGAACAGCCGCACAAAGUACCCAUACACGACCAUCUGCACACACUCGCUCACCAAAACGUCCAGGGGCUCCUCGAACUCACACACAGACCGAACCAGCCGACUGGAGAAGGCGCCCAGCCGCUCCAACGCCCUCUCUUGCUCAUGCAUCCGUAUCUUGAGCUCCUCCAGCCCGGCGGCCAGCUGCAUGACACCUUCCUUGCUGUCCUUGGUUGUCUGGCCGGCCAGGUGGCUCUUCAUGUCGGUCAUGCGGGCGGCGGCCGACUCUUUCUGCGUCCGCAGGAGGGCGAGGAACGCAGCCAGGGGCCGCAGAGAGACCGACAGGUGCCCGUCAGCCUCAUCCCAGUCCACCUGCAUGACCCACUCGACGGCAUCGCGCCGCGCCGCAAGUGUCCUCGGCCUGCCGUGGUCGCUGCUGGUGACCGACAUGGUCUCGUCCUUGUUCUCUCGCUUGACCACCUCCCUGCUGGUCGCCACGCUCUUCUGCCCGUCAUCGGUCUCCAUCUUGUCAUGGCCGCCACAGAUGCUCGCCAAACUGAGCCGAUCGAGUGCGGCCUGCAGGUGUGCAAGGGGCUGGGGGGAGGAGGGGGAGGAGGGGGAUGGGGUGGCCGCGAGGAAGGGCAGGAGGGAACGCAGACGCUUCUUGACCUCCGGUUCGUCGAUCAGCACGAUGUCGAGCCGGCAGGUGCCGCCCUCAGACGCACCAGCAUCGGCUGCCAUGGUGCCGGCCUUGCUCGACUCGCUCAUCGUUUCGUCCAUGGCCAAGGACGGGGCUGCAGCCUCAUUGCCAGCCCCACCGCGCGCCUUUGCGGGUUUGUCUGGCGCCUCGAGGUCGACCCGUAUGACGGGGGAGUAGGGAUUGUGUUUGGCGUUGAGGGCUGCCUCAAGUACGUAGCGAAACACCGUCCCGCGACAGCACGACCGCAGCAGCUGGUAGAUCGAGUUGAGCACGUCCACCUCCUCGGCCUGCUGGCCAUCGCCGUCGCCCUUGGCUGGUUGGUCGGCCAUGGGGGCAUCCUCUCGCUUGCAAGCUGUGGCCGGCUUCUUGUGUGCCUGUAUGCGGUGCAGCUGCAGGUGGAGGGUGUCGAGCAGAAGAGUCUCGAGCAGCACGUGCAGGGUAGGUUGCUGGGCGAGGGCAGCGGGAGCCGUCACACCCAGGGACGCUGACGAUGACGUGCCCAGCAGCAACUCCACCCCAAGCACCUCCCAACUGGCCACCACCCAACAGCCGCCAACGAGACACAGACAGGGGUCACUCACAUAUGUUGGUGUCAGUCAUGACGUUUCCUCCGCUCGUUCGUACUUAUCGAAUUGGUGUCUGAGGUGGACCUUGAAUUGGUUGGGCAGGGUGAGUGUGCACUUGCCCUUGGCCGUCUCGAACACGAGCUCGUCUUUGGGGCACUCGGAACGAUAGAACUGCAGCAGCGCAUUGGUAUCCACCCACCGCGAGAAGGGCUCCAUCUCGUCACCUGCAGUGCAGUGCAGUGCAGCAGCACGAAGAGAUCCAUACACAAACAGAUGGACCCGACCCUCCCUCCUUCCAUGUACGUGUGAUGUGUGUCCAUGUCACUCACUAGGCAGCGGGGGCAUCUCCGGCUGCUGAAUCGGCCGGUUGAAGUUGGCGAGAUGCGUGCCGAGGGACGACGGCAGAGGCAGUCCUGACGGCCACUCGACCUCAUGCAUAGCCUCUCGCCUUGUCGCACUGUCUGCUGCUCCUGAUACGUCGCCCCUCAAUGCUUGGAAGCGGUUGGCAGUGUGGCAGAGUGCAAGUGUGUGGGGCACCGCAGGGAUGAGGGGAGCGGGCGGGAAGUGGCUCAUCAGCUGUGCAUACUUCAUGUGCAUCUCCUGCACACAACAACAACAACAACCACACACACGACAGACAGAGAUCUGUCCAGUCCAUUCCACACACGCACAUCCAUCUCCCUCCCUCCGCCACUCACACCACACCCUCCCACCUCACCUCAAUAAGGUUCUGCAGCAUGUUGGUCUGUCCCUGUAUGAGGUUCCUCAGAUGCACCACCUCCGAGACCUCCUCGGUCAGCGGCGUGCACCCCAGCCCAACCAUCACUAUCAGCCGCAAGAACACCUCUCGCCACGAGCGGCAGUAGAGCCACAGCAGCUCCCGCGCCUGGCUGUCCGCGGGCUGGUCUUCCUGCAGCGCCACGUGGUUGAGCAGAUCUUGCAGCUGCCGCCACGCAUACUGGAUGGAACGCUUCACCAGCAGGUCCACAUUGACGGGCCGCGUCAGAGAAUUCUCAUCCAUCGGCGGCGGUGGUGGUGGCUGUGCUGGUUGAGAGAAG